AUGGGAGACCCCGUCGGCCGCUGGAGCAGCAGCCCCUCCCGGAGCGAGUAUGACGACAGGGCCCCGCUCCGACAUUCCAACAGCUUCGCCCGCCUCACCGGGAAGGGCAUUUACAACCAGCGCAAGGACUACGGGCAGACCCUGCUCAAGCUCCACAACGAUUUCCAGCACCACGUUGAGCACCUGCUGACGGUGCCCCUGGAGCGGGAGCUGCGCAGCGCCGAGGAUUGCCUGAGGCGCCUGAGGGAGCUGCAGGAGCAGGGCCGGAUCUGGGGCCAGGACGUCAUCCUGGAGCUCACGGACCAGGAGCUGGUGCUGAGCGAUGUGGAGAGCAAGGAGGAGCUGGAGGCGUUCCCGCUGGGAAGCGUGCAGGGAUGCUCCGCCGGGCUGGACAACGCCGUGCUGGCCAUCAGCGUCCAGGAGAGGAACCCGGCGAGAAGCAGCGUGCUGCUCUUCCAGUGCGAGCGCCUGGGGGCAGAGACGCUGAGGAGCAGCCUGGAGAAGGUGCUGAGGCAGAGGAAGGAGGAGCAGAGCAAUCGCUACAGGCACAGCCCCCCGGACCUGCCGCCCAGCCCGGCCCCCCCGUACGCGGCCCCGGAGCGCUGGGCAGAGCCCCCCGAGCCCGACCCCCACCCGCCGGCCUGGCGGGGGCCGCUCUCCUCGGAUCACCGUGCGCCGCAGCUCCCGGAGGUGUCCCGGGGCCGAGCCCCCGGCCAGGCCGUGCCCGAGGCGGACCGGGACGUUGAGGUCCUCAACCACGUCCUGGGAGACCUGGAGCUCUUCGUGGGCCGGCUGAAAACGGCGCUGAGCUCGGCCAGCACGAAGAAGAAGCUGAAGAAGCCAGGUGGGAAGGGAGGGGAGGGUCCCCGGGGGCUGCUCGGGUGCCGGUGUGCCCAGCCCGGUGCCCGGCCCGGUGCCAGCCCCAGCUGUGCCCCUGCAGCGCUGCCCCCAAAGGAUGAGUACACGGAUUUCUUCCAGAAGGUGAAAUACGCCCUCAACCUCUUGGGACGGAGCCACCCCUACGUGCGGGAGCCGGAUCCCCCCGAGCUGCUGCGCCUCAUCUUCUCAGCUCUGUCCUUCGUGCUCGGGCACUGCCCCAGCCCCGGGCUGGCCCCGGCCGUGCAGAGCCCGCUGCUCCUGCCCGAGGCGCUGCAGCUCCUCGAGGAGACCCUGAGCGAUGACGAUUACGGCGUCUGGAAGAGCCUCGGCACCGCCUGGAACAAAUCCAGGCCCGAGUACCCCAACAGCGACCGGGUGCCCGCGUACACCCCGGUUUUUUCGGACGGGUGGCUGCCCCCCGUGAUGGAGCAGGAGCGCUGGGGGAGCCUCCAGGACGCCCCAGCGCCUGCCUCAGUUUCCCCAGCUCAGUCGCGACCUUCCCGGUCCCUGCCCCCCGCACAGGCACCGGGCAGCGCCUGGAGGGACCAUCCCGGCCAGGAAUCCCCGCUCCCUGCCCAGGGGCUGGUCCGAGCCCUGUACGACUUCCAGGCCAGGAACUCGCGGGAGCUGAGCGUCAGGAAGGGGGACACGCUGCAGGUCCUGGACCAGCAGAGGAAGUGGUGGCUGGUGCAGGACGAGCGGGGGGACAGGGGACACGUGCCUGGCAACAUCCUGGAGCCCCUCCCGGAGCCGGGGCACAGCUCCAGACAGGACGGUCCCCCCACCCUGCACCCCAGCUCCUCCCCGGCAGAGGUGACAGCCUGGCUGAUGGACAAGGGCUUCUCGCGGAUCACGGUGCGGACCCUGGGGGUGCUGCGGGGACACGAACUGCUGCAGAUGAGCCCGGCCGAGCUGCGAGGGGUCUGUCCCGAGGAGUGGCGCAGGAUCCUCUUCAAGCUGUCCCCGAUCAGGACAUCCCUGGGGAUCGGUCCCAGGGACUGA